UUCACAGGAGAACAAAUCACUGGUCACAAAGUUUUUUUUUGCUUUAUCUAUCUUGCUCUGUUCUUAAAUUAGAAAGAAAAAUGACCAACACAUCUCUUCAUGUGAACAUUGACAAGUGGAUUUCUGAGAAUGAGAGUUCUUUUCUACCACCUGUGUGCAACAAAUUAAUGUUCUUUUAUCAGUUGAAUAUUAUGUACGUUGGUGGUCCAAACAUAAGGAAGGAUUAUCACAUUGAGGAAGGUGAAGAGCUCUUUUACCAGGUGAGGGGUGACAUGGUUCUCAAAGUGAUUGAGAACGGCAAGCAUAAAGAUGUGCAUAUCCGAGAGGGAGAGAUGUUCCUACUUCCAGCACGGAUUCCUCAUUCCCCCCAGAGACAGGCAAAUACAGUUGGGCUGGUGGUGGAGAGGAGAAGACUCCAUUCUGAAACAGAUGGGCUCAGGUACUAUGUGGACAAUACCAGUGAUGUCUUAUUUGAGCGCUGGUUCUACUGUGAAAACCUUGGAACCCAACUUGUUCCCCUCAUAAAAGAGUUUAUGGAUUCCAAACAGCAUAAAACAGGAAGGCCUGACCCAGCUGAACCCAUCAAGCCAGCCCCAUUCGCACUCAACACCAUGAAUGUUAUGACAACUUUCUGCUUUAGAAAGUGGGUGGAGAAGCAGAAACCUGCACUAGCCUGCGGUCGGCCAGUGGACAUGUUUGGAGCACAGUUUGAGACUGAGACUCUACUCUUCGGUCCUGGGACAUCUGAAUCUAAGAGACCUACUGAUGGCUGGAUCUGGCAGCUGGAGGGCUCAUCCAAAGUCUUCAUGAAUGGUAAAGAUUAUAACCUCUCUGCGGGAGACUGUCUCCUUAUCUUUGGAGGAACCAAGUAUCAGUGGAAACGAUCACAGGAUUGUGUUGCUUUGUAUGUUGCUCAAGACCCGGAGAGGAAGAGACCUUAUUGAGAUUUAUAAACAAGAAAUUUUAUGACCAGAUGUAUUAUCUUUAUAAAAAUGUAAAUAUUGUAACCUUUAGACUCUUUUAAUUAUCGAUUGCUAGAUGUCAAGAUACUUUCAAUCAGUAAAACAAACAAAAAAUACUUUUUAAAUAAAAGGCUUUAAAAUAGAAACGUUACCUUUAAAACACUAUCCUGACUAUUAUCCUUAAAACUUCACAACUUCUAAAACCACAAAAAAAUUAUUUCAUAGGAGUACAGAGCAAACAAAAGAGGUAAAUUUCAGGCUAAAGCCAAAAUUCUGUCCAAAUUUAGUAGUGCCAGGGAUACAGUGGAGUCCACAUAUAAUGCUGAUUAUAAAUACACAUUAUUACAAAUGAAAAUAACAAUUAAUAUAAAAAAAUAUGUACAUGAAUUUUAAUCACUGUAAAACGUAGGCUACACUUGAUAUAAUCUAGAAAUACUUGUAUGUUUUUUCAUCAUAAUUUUUUUCCCUUAAGAUUUUGAUUUAUUAACAAGUUUAAGAUGGAUUGUGUGGUCACAGACUUUUUAACAACACUGUACAUACAAAACCGCAUUUAUUAAAUGUGUACAGUACCUCACCACAUCAUAUACUAAUCAAAAAGUACUAACCCAAUACAAAUAUAGAUGAUAAUUUUACUUAUAGUUUAUUGUCCGGUUUCACAGAAAAGACUUUACAUUUAUUAAUUUUGCAGGUACUUUUAUACACCAGGCCGUGGUGACAAUAUAGCUUUUUAUUAUUUGCUAGAUAAUGAUCACGUGCGUUUAGUGUUUAUUAUAACACCCUCAGUUCAACUUAAACUUAUUAAUGUAUGUUUUUAAAACAGCUAAAACUCUGUUCGUACAAAUAAAAUUAACAUGUUAUUUUGUGUUGUUUAAUAAAAUAAAAAUGAAAUGAA